AUCUAACAUGGUACGAUGGUCCCAAUGGUUUAGUAACGAUUUGCUUUUACGCAGUGGCAGAUCGACGACACUAUAGAAUAGGUGCAAACCAUUGUUACGAGAGAAGCAUCUAAUACAUUAAAUAUCCGAAUGGUUCAAGAAACAAUUACACUGUACAUGAAUGCCGGUCACGUAAGGAGGGAAAGACGAAAUUCAUGAUCACAUCCUCAACGUGAGCCAAGAUGGAAAGAACAUUUCCAAGGGUCAGACAGAAAUCAAUCAUUAAGAAAUAUCAGAAGAAAGCAAGGCUGUCACGGAAUGCUGACAUUUUGAUUUUUCUAGACUACAUACUGUUCCUCAAACGCCUUGCAGCAGAAGCAAGUAUCAAGGCGCUGGAGGAAGGAGAGAGGACCUUAAAAAGUAAUCAUGUGAAUACUGUGUUUAAGAAUGUGUUGAAGAGUUGCAAAGGAUGAAGGUGAUUUGUAACCAUCAACCUUAAUUCAGAGGAAGAUUACAAGAAAAGUCUUCAUGCAUCAAUUAUUAUGAUGAUACUAUGAACAUUUUGAAUCUCUAUCAAAAGUCACAGAUGGCAUGUUUUCUUGUUAAGUUUGGGAGUCAUAAAAUUGGUUUUUGUUCUCCAUGCUAACUAUCCACAAGUAAAUUAUACAAAAUUUUGAGCCUUUUGGCUUAGCAGAAAGCACCUUACAAAGUGUCUUACAAUUUACGUUGCAUGAUUUUAAAAGGUUUAAAUGGGAGAUUAAUUAAUAAAGCUGUUUAUUUAA